AAAUACUAUUCAUUCAAACAAUCACUUCAUUUGAUCCCAAGAUAUGGGACAACAAAUGACAACAACGAAGACAUCACUCGUGACCACAGAUGACGGCAAUGAAGACAACAAACAACAGCCACAAAUCUAUGCCAAAGACUCUUUGGAUCGAUUCGGUGAUGAUUUGUGUGCACUUUUGUUGUCUUACUUCCCAUUCAAAGACCGAUUCCGUUGUGAAUGUGUGUCCAAACAGUUCCAGAGAACUGUAGUCGGGAGUGUUGUCGACAUCAAUAUUGACGACAGUUUUAUGCGUAAAAUAUCGUAUAAAAAGAGAGUUAAUAAUCAAAAGUUGGUUUCAAUUGCCAUAAAGUGUCCAAACAUUGAGACCAUUGUCUGUGAAGUCAUAUCCACUGAAUAUAUGAAAAACAUGUGCAAAGUUUUGGACACAUUUCGUGACAAUUGUCUGCAUUUGCGGCAAAUAUACUGCAAAUUGUGGUCAAAUAGGACUCAAUUAAGCGAAACGAUUGGACCACUCGUCACACGAAUCCCUUAUAUGUCAUCACAAAUGACUGAAUCACUCAUUCAUUGCCACCGAUUGUCACAAUUAGUGGUCCACUCGUUGUCUGACGUCUUCGACAGCAGUUCCGGACAAUUAUUGGCGAAAAAUUUGCUGAAAUUUGAGUUCAAUAGCUAUUCGAGUGAUAAUAAGAAACUGUUGUCUGCAUUUGUGGCACACAAUCAGUCCCUCAAAAGUCUUAAAGUAAUGUACGAUUUAAGUCGAGGUCAGAACAGUCACGAGUCUGUGACCCAAAUAUACGGACAAUUGUCACGAUUAACACAAUUACGGGAAUUGACACUCGAUUUCGAGAUAUUUAGAGCCGAGAACUCAUUGUCUGAGUCUUUGCGUACAAUUGGCUUAAACUGCAAACAAUUGCAACGAUUGGCACUUCAAUUGAAUUCCUAUAACACAACACUCAAUGACCAGACAUUGGAUUCGUUGCGAUAUUACGACCGAUUAAAACGAUUGCAAUUAUCACUCAAUGAGAAUAAUAUCUCACUUCUAGAUAAUAUGGAAGUAUUGGAACCGUUAAAACUCUGCCACCGAUUACAACAUCUAUCGUUGAUUAUAAGGCAAAUGAGUGGCGAAUUCCUGAUUGAUUGCGACAAACAGUGGCCACGACUUCACUACCUGUCCAUCAAAAGUCGUGAUUUCUCUCGCGAUUGUUUGUCUCACAUCUCAAGACUACCGGCGCUGCAAACGCUUGUCAUUCAAUGCCAAAGAAGUGAUGGACUCAGAGAUAAUGAUUUCAAUGAUCUGUUGUCUUCGAGUCCUAAACUAAAGGUAAUUGAAAUCCGUGUAAACAAUGAGAAGAAGUUUUAUUUGAAGUAA